AUGAUAAGAGGUGGAUUAGGGCCUCGUUUGAGCCCAAGCUUAAGCAGAUUGCAUGCUGGAUCGCGUAUAAUUGGUGUAAUAAUGUUCCACAGUGCCGUAAAUAAAAGGCAGCAAAAGCAUAAAGGUGCUACAGAGAGGUCAAUUGAAGUUCGACUGCAAGAGAAUCCAAAUUUCAAAAACUUAGAAGAUAGUUUCAAAGAGGAACAUCAACACGUCCAUCUGCGAGAGUCAGAAACGGAGGAGAAUGAUCAAGUAAUCACUGGUAAGAAACGAAAACUAAAUUCCGCCGCCGCCCUAUCGCAUACGCAUUCUCAUGCAGGCGUCAAUCCGAUGUUGGUGAUGAGCAAAGAAGCGGUUAAGAAGAAUCCUGGAGUUAGAAUUACUUGGAUUGGCCUGGCGAUAAACGUAGGGCUUGCAGCUGGUAAAUUCGCCGGCGGGAUUGUAUUUCAUUCCCAAGCUCUCAUGGCGGACGCUGUUCAUGCGGCAAGUGAUAUGGUAUCCGAUUUUUUAACACUGGUUUCAGUAGGCUUAGCUUCGAACAAACCUACUUCUGCUUAUCCAUUCGGAUAUGGAAAGAUGGAGACAGUUGGUUCUUUAGCGGUUUCAGGUAUAUUGGCGAUGGCUGGGCUAUCAAUAGGAUGGACAUCUCUAUGCGAGAUUGUAGGCCCGCUUCUUCCACAUAUGAUAGUAGAGUUCUAUGAAGGCAUUGUUGGCGUAACUCACUCGCAUUCUGCCUCCAUUACAAAGGAUGUCACAGACGUCAAUGCAGCGUGGAUAGCGGGGGCUUCUAUUAUAGUCAAAGAAUGGAUAUUUCAUGCCACUAAAAAAAUUGCCACUGAAACUAAUUCAAAUGUUUUGAUGGCGAACGCAUGGCAUCAUAGGGUGGAUUCACUAACAUCACUGGUUGCGUUGGUUACAAUUACAUCUGGAUAUUUCUUUGAAAUUCAGUCCUUAGAUGCGGUUGGUGGUUUAUUGGUAUCUGCGUUGGUUAUCAAGGCAGGGGGCCAAGGUUUGAAUGACGCGAUAAAAGAACUCAUUGAUAAAUCCUUGUCAAGCGAUGACGACCGGUAUGUGGAAGUGGAGUCGACACUAAAAGAUGUACUGGGGAAACUUGUUUCGAACAGCAAUUCGAAAGAACCUUAUAUAAUAAAAGAUCUAGUCGUGCUUCCAUCAGGUCCAAAUAUUCGAGCAAAUGUCGUGCUACAAACACCACUACAAAGAUGGGGGAAUGUUCUUGAUAUCAGUGAGUUUGAAAUGGUAACCGAUCAUAUUCGCUACAUGUUACACAAGAAUAUACCCGGGCUAAAAAAGUUAAACAUUGAAUUCAUCGAAGAACGAACCGAAUCGGAUGAAGGUCAUUCAGACCUUCACGCGGAUGUAGAUCAUCAAAGUUUGGAGCAAGAUCCACAUACAUAUUCACACAACCACUCACCCAUUCAUUCGCACACCCAUUCGCACACCCAUUCGCACACCCAUUCCGACCAGCACACUCACAAGCAUUGA